AUGGAUGUGAUAGGGCCCAUAAGACCAAAAGCUUCAAACGGGCAUCGAUUCAUUUUAGUGGUAAUUAACUACUUCACAAAGUGGGUAAAGAUAGCUUCAUAUGCUAAUGUGACAAGAAUGGUGGUUUGCAAGUUCAUCAAGAAAGAGAUCAUAUGUCAAUAUAGCUUUCCAAAAAGGAUCAUUUCGGAUAAUGCUCUUAAUUUGAAUAAUAAAAUGAUGACUGAAGACUAUUUCGGCCAUUGGUGCACAGUGGUGACCGGUCGAAAACUAAGCUCCAAGGCCACCGACAUAGGAGCUAGGUUUUUUAAAGAGAGGAGCUCUGGAGAGGCUCAAGGUAUGGCUGAUGCCUUGGCAAAGGCAGGGUACAGUGGAUAA